AUGAAAGGAAGAGAAACCAAGAGAGCCCCAUCAGCAGAUCUGUUAGUAUGUUUUCCGUCUAGAGCCCAUUUAACUUUAAUGCCCAAGCCCAUUUGUAGUCCUGCCAGGAUAUCAGAACCCAGCAAACCCCACCAGAACCGCCAUCUCCACCAACAGCAACGCCGCCACCACUUGAAGAAAUCCAGCACUAGGGGUGGUGGCAGCCGAGCCAGUCCUCUCUUUUGGACCAAAACUAAGCAAAUGGGCUCAGAGCUGUCAGAACCAACAUCACCAAAAGUAACGUGUGCUGGGCAGAUCAAAGUCAGGCACAAGGCAAGUUCCUGCAAGAACUGGCAAUCAGUAAUGGAAGAGAUUGAGAGAAUUCACAACAGCAAGAAACAAACCAAAAAAUCAACUUGGAUUGACUCUCUUGGAUUCAAGAAAGAUAUCAUGCAUUUCUUGACAUGUUUAAGAAACAUAAGAUUCGAUUUUCGAUGCUUCGGUUCCUUUCCAGCUCAAUCAGAUAUCACUAGUGAAGACGACGAAGAUGAUGAAGAGUACGAGGAAUAUCAAGAGAACCAUGCUGGUGUUGAGGGAAGAGGUGACAAUGAGGAUUCAAGAACCAUGUUUUCUAAAUGGUUCAUGAUGCUACAAGAGAAUCAAAAUAGCACUACUGGGUUCUUCAAAGAAGAGACUAAACAGAAAGAUAGGUCUUGCAAUGAUAAGUCUCUAGCUGCGCCCUCUGUUCCACCACCAAAUGCUCUCCUGCUUAUGAGGUGUAGGUCUGCUCCGGCAAAGAGUUGGCAGGAAGAGAAAGAAGAAGAAAAACAACAGCAUGAAGAAGAAGACGAAGAAAAAGAAGACAUGAAGCAAGAAGAGAAGAAAGGAAAGAAUUUAAAGGCUUUGAUGGAGGAAGAGAAAAGAAACAGUAAAAAAGAGAACUUGGUAGUGAUGAGCUAUGAUACUGAUUUCUAUAAACUUUCAACUGAUAUAGCGAAGGAAACAUGGGUUGUUGGUGGAAUGAAAGAUCCAUUAUCAAGAAGUAGAAGUUGGAAGAGAUGA